CCGCCCCCACCCACCCUCGGACUCGGCUCGUUUGGCGGCGUGCCCGGCCGGCGCGCCGCCGCGCCGCCGCCCGCCUACGCAGGCGCGGCGGGCGGCGCGUCCCCCGAGCCGCCACCCGAGCUGCGAGCGGCGCAGCAGCGGAUCGACGAGAUGGCGCGAGACGCGAUGGCGCGCCGCCCCGCCGAGCCAGCUCCUGCCCCGCCGCCGCCGCCCCACCCUCGCAGCCCGCCGCCGUCCGGCGCCGCCCGCGCCGCUCCUACGCCGCCGUUGGCCGGCGGGAUUGUGCGGCCACCGUCCUCGAGGCAGCGGUCGCCGCUGCCACCGCCGCUCUCGCCGCCGCUGCCGCAGCCGUCGCCUCCGCCGUUAGCUUCGACAGGCGUGGCAUCGCCAGCGGAGGAGCAGCAGCGGCGGCGGGAGCAGCAGCAGCAGCGGCGGCAGCAGCAGCAAGCAGAGCGACAGCGGGACGGCGGGGAGGAGCGGGGGGCGGAGCAGCAGAGGGGGGAGAAGCGUGGCGGCGGAGGCCCCGGAGGCGUUCGGCGCGCGACCAACCAGCGCGAGCACGACGAGCGACCGAUCGCGGCGGCGCCUCUGUCCGGCGCGGAGAGCGAGGCGGCGGAGGGCGUGGACGACGUCCCUCCGCCCGAGCCGCUCGAGGCUGCGAGCCGCAAGGAGGCGGAGGCGUGCGGCUUGCUCGAGCUGUACGGCGAGGAGGUAGCCGCGCGCGUCUUCUCUCGCAGCUGGCAGGUGCGCCAGUCGGGUAUGGCGGCCGCCGCGGCGAAGGCGCCGUCGCUCGUCGGCGAGCGGCGUGCCCUCGCCGCCGCCGCCAAGGUGAUGCUCAUCGGAGCAUCGGACAAGAUGGCGCGCCCUCAGCCUCGCAACAGCCGGCCGCCGCCGUUUCUCCGCCCGUCGCUCACCCGGCGUGUGCGCGCCGCGCCAGGCGCGCUCGGCUCGCGCGACGCGGAGCGAGAGCUGCGCCCGCUCCUCCUCUCCUGGCGAGACAAGCUCUCCGACUCGAACGGACGCGUGCGCGAGGCGGCCGAGGGCGCCCUCCUCGCCCUCUGCUCUCUGCCAGCGAUCGGGCCCUCCGCCGUCGGUGCGUUGCUCGUCGCGCCGCUGCCGCCGGCCAAGCGGAACAGCUCGCAGGCGUGGCUCGGCCGGCUCGCGCCGCUGCAGCGCCUCCUGCGCGAGCAUGGGCCGCAGGGCGGCGAGGAGGCGGGCGGGUUCGAGGUCGGGCCUGACCAGUGCCAGUUUUGCUUGCGGCGCGACGCGGCGUGGGUGAGCGAGGAGGCGCUCGACCUCCACUUUUGGAAGGAGUGCCCGCUCCUCACCUCGUGCGAGCAGUGCGGGCAGGUGGUCGAGGCUGCCGGCCUUAACGAGCACCUCCUCUCCGAGUGCGACUGCUCGAAGCCCUUCCGCUACGGUCCGCCGCUCGGCGAGGACGCGGAGUACGUCGGCUGCCCGUUUUGCCAGCAGCCACUGCCGUCGGACAUCGACGGUUUGCGGCGCCACCUCGCCCAUGAGUGCGCCGCAAACCCGCGCCUCAUGGACCAGCAAUAG